AUGCGCAGUAGUCAAAAUUCGCGGAGAAGAAGCUCGGCGAGUUUGCACAGCCCCAGAUCGUCACCAGACAGCUAUGACGAGAUGAGCAGACAUGAUUACAGAAACGAAUACAAAAGCUCCACCAAGAUCGAACUAAAUAGGCUCAAACAGUGGCUGUCUGACGUGACAGGAGUCCUGGAUCGACCCACUAUCGCUUUAACCGUCUUCGCCAUUGGGGUUUUCUUCAUUAUUCUUGCCAGCAAACAGGUCAAAAAGUUCUUUGAUGCCUUGGAGUUUAUAGGGAUUACAGUUCAGCUACCUUACGGGUUCCUGUACAACUUUAUGGCGGCCCUUGUGUUCAUGUUUGUGUGGGUGGACAUGGUCUUGUUCACCAAGUGCGCAAAAUGGCUGAUACAGUGGAGCAGCAGUGCCUGGAGCUAUGCUUUGAAAAUCAGAGCCUCUAUGAAGGAAGUGGAAAACAAGGAGCGAUACAACUUGGAUAGGAACAGAAAGAAACGGACAUAA